ACCGGUCUCCUCCUACUUAUUCAGCGCCCAUAAUUUGGCAUGUAAUGGUUGUCCACAUCAAAUGCACCUCCUCCGAUUCCGGCGCCAAGUCCACUGUGUCGUCCACGUCGCCCUCCGCCUCCUCUUCCUCCACCUCGCCGCCGAACAGGGGGUCUCCUGAAGCGGCGCCGUCGCGGAACCGCCGCGCCGCCGGUGACGGCAACCGGCACCGCCCGGUUUACCGCGGCGUCCGCAUGCGGGCGUGGGGGAAGUGGGUGUCGGAGAUCCGGGAGCCGCGCAAGACGUCCCGCAUUUGGCUGGGCACCUUCGCUACAGCCGAGAUGGCCGCGCGUGCCCACGACGCCGCCGCGCUGGCUGUCAAGGGCCCCGCCGCCGCCGCCGCCCUCCUCAAUUUCCCCCACCUCUCCGCCACCCUCCCCCGCCCGGCCUCCCUCUCCCCGCGCGACGUUCGCGAAGCCGCCGCCCGCGCCGCCGCCAUGGUGCAACCGUCCGGCGCCACCUCCACUGUCAGCGACGAGCCGGAGGACGCCGUGGCCGCGGCCUCGCCCACGGACGAGCUACCAGAGAUCGUAGAACUCCCCCGCCUCGACGACGACGAGAUCUUCGGCACGGCAGCGGCCCAGUUCAUCUUCCACGACUCGUUUGACUCCUGGACUUACCCGCCGCUAUGCCCCGCCGGGGAAGAGAACCUCGACGGCGACCAUUCCCUUGCACUUGAAGCUCUAUUCUAUAGCAUCUAGACGCCAUACAAAAUCCACAAAAUAUAUGUAAAAUUAAUUAAUCGCUCAAUAAAGAAGA